GCUGAGCCGUGAGCCUCCAACGGACAUCCUCCUGUCCUCUGGGCUCCCUCUUCUCCACAGUGGGCAGGCGGGCACCGGGCUGCUGAGGCCAUGCCACUGAAACCUUAUCUCCUUUUGCUGGUGGGCUGCCAAGCCUGGGGAGCGGGCCUGGCCUACUAUGGCUGCCCUAGUGAGUGCACCUGCUCCAGGGCCUCCCAGGUGGAGUGCACUGGGGCGCGAAUCGUGGCCGUGCCCACCCCUCUGCCCUGGAAUGCCAUGAGCCUGCAGAUACUCAACACACACAUCACGGAACUCAGUGAGUCACCAUUCCUCAACAUCUCGGCCCUCAUUGCCCUGAGGAUCGAGAAGAAUGAGCUGUCUCACAUCAUGCCUGGAGCCUUCCGUAACCUGGGCUCGCUGCGCUACCUCAGUCUCGCCAACAACAAGCUUCAGGUUCUGCCCAUCGGCCUCUUCCAGGGCCUGGACAACCUUGAGUCACUCCUUCUGUCAAGCAACCAGUUGAUGCAGAUCCAGCCAGCCCACUUCUCCCAGUGCAGCAACCUCAAGGAAUUGCAGUUGCAUGGCAACAACCUGGAAUACAUCCCCGAUGGUGUCUUUGACCACCUGGUGGGCCUCACCAAGCUUAAUCUGGGCAAGAAUAGCCUCACCCACCUCUCACCCAGGGUCUUCCAGCACCUGGGCAACCUCCAGGUCCUCCGGCUGUAUGAGAACAGGCUCUCAGACAUCCCCAUGGGCACUUUUGAUGGACUUGGCAACCUCCAGGAACUGGCCCUCCAACAGAACCAGAUCAGUAUGCUCUCCCCAGGCCUCUUCCACAACAACCAUAACCUCCAGAAACUCUAUUUGUCCAACAACUACAUCUCCCAGCUGCCUCCUGGCAUCUUCAUGCAGCUGCCCCAGCUCACCCGUCUUACACUCUUUGGGAAUUCCUUGAAGGAGCUCUCCCCUGGGAUCUUUGGGCCCAUGCACAACCUGCAGGAGCUCUGGAUCUACGACAACCACAUCACUUCCCUACCUGACAACGUCUUCAGCAAUCUCAGCCAGUUGCAGGUCCUGAUCCUAAGCCGCAACCAGAUCAGCUUCAUCUCCCCAGGGGCCUUCAAUGGGCUGAUGGAACUGCGGGAGUUGUCACUCCACACCAACGUGCUGCAGGAGUUGGAUGGGAACGUCUUCCGCACAUUGACCAACCUGCAGAAUAUCUCACUGCAGAACAACCACCUCAGACAGCUCCCUGGGAAUAUCUUUGCCAAUGUCAAUGGCCUCAUGACCAUCCAACUGCAGAACAACCAGCUGGAGAACCUGCCCCUGGGCAUCUUUGAUCACUUGGUGAACCUGUGUGAGCUUCGGCUGUAUGAUAAUCCCUGGAGAUGUGACUCGGACAUCCUUCCACUCCGCAAUUGGCUUCUUCUCAACAGGCCCAGGUUGGGAACGGAUGCCCUUCCGGUUUGUUUCAGCCCAGCCAAUGUCCGAGGCCAGUCCCUUGUCAUUAUUAACAUUAACGUCGCUGUCCCCAGUGCCCAGGCCCCUGAGGUGCCCAGCUACCCGGAAACACCACAGUACCCAGACACGUCCAGCUACCCUGAUACUACCUCCAUCUCCUAUACCACUGAGUAUACCAGCCCCACGAAGGACUAUACUAAUCUGACCACCCCUGGAGUCCCUGAGAACAGUGGCACAUGGGGCAUGACCCCUGCCCAGAGUGGGCUGGCCAUCGCCGCCAUUGUCAUUGGCAUCAUUGCCCUGGUCGCCUCAGUGGCUGCCUGCAUCUGCUGUUGCUGCUUCAAGAAGCGGGGCCACACAGUCCUGAUGCAAAUGAAGGCACCCAAUGAGUGUUAACGAGGCCGCCUGGAGGCAGGGCUGGGAAAUGGUGGGGCUGAGGAUCCUGGAAAUAAGGCAGGUGGACAUUCCAUCAUUCUGCCUCCACCUCUGGGUCCAUAGAGCCAUCCCUCAUCUUUCUCUGGGCCUGAGAGAAAGGUGCCCCCACCUUCUCCUCACCUGCCUGAUUCAUCUGUAGAGAAGCAGGUCUUGGAGGACCUUCUUACCCCUAGGGAGAUCCAACUGGCCAAGGCAAAACCCUGGGGCAUUUCCAACUCACAUCCAUGGGCUUCCUUCAAGAAGACUCCUGCUCCAAAUCCUUACCACCUCUACCCCAAGAACAGCCUUCCCUAGGCCCACACCCCUCCUGGCCUCCGUAGAUUCAACUCUUACAAAGCCUACUCUCUUUAUGGGAAUAGUUCUCUGCCCGGGACAGCCCCUUUCCUCAAAGUAUUAUGUAAGUUGAUUUCCCUUCUCUUGUUCCUCUCCUUUGUGCCAUGGCUCUGCCCUGUCCCCUCAAAUGAUAGGUCCCCACCCCCCACACCGUGAAUUCCUGCUCCUGAAGGUAGGUAGGGUGAGUUCUCUCCUCAAAGAAGGCUUCAAACCAUUUAACUGGCUACUUGAGAGCUCCCCAAUGCCCACGCUUUCAGGAUGCUGUGGAAGAGAGAAGGGAAAGAGACUCUUCCUCAUUUCCUGGAGACCAGCCACCACCAGCGUCUCUCUUGGGAUGUUCAGCUGGAAGCAGAAGAAGGGCACCAGGGCCACCAGUUCAGCCUUUGAGGAAAUGGUAUUCCUGAGCUGCAACUUGGCUUGGAAAAUUUCAGUCCUUUCAGGAAUCACAUCAUGUAAAAUUUCUGACCUCUAAAAAUCUUAAAAUCAGCUUAUUGGUACUGGCUGGAAAAAGAGACCUGGUACCUGGGAUCCUUGUGUUCAUCCAUAGGGCUUUUUUUUUUUUUCCUUUUUAUUGAAGUAUCACAUACAUACAGAAAAAUGGGAACACCAGAGCAUGCAGCUCUAUGAAUUUUAACAAACAGCACACACCCAUGAAAUCAGCAUCUAGAUCAAGAAAGAGAAAGUCACCGAUAUCCCUGUACCCUGGGGGCUUUUAUCUGAGAGGACUGGAGAUUCCAGAAAUGGCAUGGACUUCCCUGAGAACUGGCUCCCCCCAGCCACAGCUGGCUCCUCACUGUCCCCACAGCCCGUCCUUGGAAAGGCCCAGCUGCAAGGGGUGCAGAAGAAGAUGUGGAUACACUCUGGCAUGGAUAGAAAAAGUAAAAAAAAAAAAAAAAGCCAACCACGUUGAUGUCUAGUUGACCCUGAGUCAUGGUGACCCCAUCUGUGUCACAGUAGAGCCGUGUUCCAUAGGGUUUUCAAUGACUGAUUUUUUCGUCCAACUCUGGGUGGACUCAAACCUCCAACCCUCCGGUUAGCAGCCAAGUGUGUUAAUUGUUUGCACCUCUUAGGUACUCCUAGCAUGGACAAGAGAUUUUAUUAAAUCCAGAGACCAAGUCAGAAUCAUCCCACUACAGAUUCCCAUACAACCACAGAGCCUCCUCUGCCAACAAACUGUCUGCUGCUCAUUGGAGUCGCCUCUUCCCAGGCCUUUUAUGGGCAUGAUAUGCCUAUAUCUGUUUUUAAUUUCCAUUUUCCAUUUGGAGGAAGCAAAAUAGCUCAGAGAUGAGAUCUUUUAAUUGAACAGCCAAGUGUAAUGGAACUCGGGAAGCCCUCUAACGUUGAAGUCAACUUCUCCAUCAGCAUGACAGUAAACAAGCAGCUGAGCUUCAGGAUAUUCACACACAGGAGGCCGGGUCGGGAUACCCAGAUGGGUCACACCAGGUCUGGGGGCUCUUGAGUACCUCCUGCCUGUGGCCUGGUUACAAGAGUUGAGUUGUUUGCUCAAAGGUUAAAAACCAGUUGCUGUUGAGUUGAUUUCAACUCAACGAUUCCAUGUGUGUCAGAGUAGAACUGCUCCGUAGGGUUUUCGAUGGCUGAUUUUUCAGAAGAGAUCACCAGGCCUUUCUUCUGAGGCCCCUCUGGAUGGACUUGUACCUCCAACCUUUUGGUUAGCAGCUGAGCAUGUUAAUCAUUCGUACCACCCAGGGAUUCCUUGGCCCAGGGUUAUUCUCCUCCACUUACUGGUUGAAUUAUAGUCACAUGAAUACCUACCCUUGCCUUCCUUCCUGCUACACAUAUUCACACACUCUUAAAGAAAUUAUGCUCGUGGCAACUGGUGUCUCUCUUUGAACAAACUGGUCCACUGGUUUAGAAAUGAAAAUAGCCAUAAAACAGACAACUUUGCUUCAAGUUUCCGUGUCUGCCCAGGAAAGAGCUCCAGCCGACUCAACAGAGAUUUGGAAAGCUACCACCAACCCUGAAGGGCUAUGACUGAUUCCCUCCAUUCCACGUGACAAGUAAGAAACUCUCAGGGGCCUUAGUGGCAAGGUGCUGACGGGAUAACUGGCUUUCCCCUCCAGUCCCCGACCAAAAGGAUCCAGGAAGGGAUGUUUGUAAGGGCCAGUGCACUUUGUAGCUUUUCACUUUCUGUUCCAGGGAACUGGGGAGUGAAGGGGGGCUGUCACAGUCAAAAGAUAUCACCUCCCCAAGGUAAACCCAGGUCUCUGAAGUGUCCUCAAAAUAUCUGUAGCAACAUGGUGGACAUGUACCAAGGCUUGCCAGAGCCCCAAGAGCUUGCCAGAGUUUGGGGCAUGAGCAUCAUUCCACUGACCUGCUCUGUCAAUCCUGGAGCCUCAAGGGCAAGCUCAGCCUCUUCCCCUCCAGACAGGAGGCAUGGUUUGGCCCCAUAUUCCUCAUACCCAGAACUUCCAGGGUAUGUUGGUGUGCCCAGUUCAGCAAGGGCACAAGUGGGCCAGGAAUGGCAGAGAAAGGAGGAAGGAAUUCUUUACACCCAGGGUGCCCUGCCAAUCUUAGCCCAGAAGCCCUGAAUAUUUCCAGCUUUGACCCUGGCAUUGGAGUAGCUUCUUCUCUGGCCCAGGAUAUCAAUGUGUGUCCCCAAGUCAAAGAAUGCAUGGGCAUAGGUGUCCUUGGAUGACCUCACCCAGAAGCACCCCAGGUGAGAGGUGGUGAACCCUUCACCAGACCUUCUGAGCUUGCCUGUUCCUUUGUCCCACCAGAGUGGACAGGAUGGAGCCAACCAUGUUGUCUGGCCAUGAAGCUGCCAGAGAGGUUGGGUGGAAUCUCCUUUCCAACAGGGAUGACGUAUUUGCUUUUCACCUCUGGGGGCUGGAACGGCCACUUGGACCCCCAAAAGAGUUGGGCUAGGGUGCAGAGUUCCAUUUACUUCUCCCUCUUCUGCCUCCAUCUGGAGUGGGCUCAGUGUUGGAGGAAAGAUAGUCAAAGCCAGUUAGAACCACUGUUUUUUUUCAAGUGCUCACCGUGUGAAGGUACUCUUCAAAACUUUUCUACCCAUUCUCUUUUAACCCUCAGAACAACCCUGUGAUAUGAGUACAGUCUUUAUCCCCUUGGGGUAGGGUGCAAAACCAUUUGUCCUUCUGCAACGUUAUUCAGUAGGUUGUGGCUUUUACUUCUCUUUUCAAACUUUCAACUAGCCCUUGUGGCCGUCUUGGGUUUUCAUCAUGAAACCAAAGAAAAUUGGAGCCACACUCCUGUUGCUCCCCACAUCUUAGUCAUUGAAACCUCACUUGGUCCCAUGUGGAUCAAAAACUUCGUAAAUACAAGAAAAAAUUAAACCCAUUCAUCCAUUAAAGAAAAACUGGCUGAUCGCAUGGAAAUGGUUGGGGCUGUAUAUGUGCAGUUCCUCCUUUUUAGAACUUAGAAGCACGGUGAUGUUCUCAGAAGUGUCCCAGGUCCUUUUUUGUGGGCAACCACACACCUUUCACAGCCUUUCAGAUGUCAAUAGGGAAUAGGGCUGGGAAUGUACUUCCAAGCUCAGCAAGCUUGUGGAGAGCAGCUAAUGACUACAGUUGCUCGACAGAUGUUGGAUGCAUCCUAGCCUUUAGCUGUAAACCACUCGAAUAAUUCAGCCCAAAGAGCUCAUGGUCAGAACCGUAUCUGGGGACUUGGGGGAGGCAUUGGUGGUCUCGGGAAGGAAGCAACUCUGUGGUUCGAAAAGAGUGGGCCAGCAGAUCACUUCCAAGUGAAACUCUUCCCAGUUCAAGGUUUCUUCUUCUCCUAAGGAAAGAUUGUUCUCACCAGCCUGUUGCCUUCACACUCCCUUCAAAAGUAGGUCAUGUUUGCUUCGCUUAGAGGAUCAUUGCAAAAAGUCCCAGGUGCUUGGCUGUGUGUUUAGAGCUUUCUAGGCCCACGGGAUCUCAUAGAGUGUGAGCCCGGGUAGGCAGGAAUGGGGGUCUGUCUUUUGCUGGAUGCUGCUUGUAACAGGUUUGGUGUACAGAAUCAACAAUAAAUAGUAGACACAGGACACGUGUGCUCUCUGUUGAUGUCUCAGCUAGGGGGUCUCACACCUGUUGAUUCUGAUCUUGUCACAUGUGUGCAGGGAUGACUUGGGAAGCCCCUCUGAGAGUAGAUUCUAGGCUGAGAAAAGGCCUUCGGGAAAUGAGUGGAGACCAGAAAGGAAAUAACAAUAUCUAUAGGCCAUUAUGGCUGGAAGAGGCCUUAAGACUAGCUUCAACCCAUUCUACAGAUGGAGAAAAUGAGACCAAGAUAAGAAAUGAAUUAAUUUCUCUUAGUCACAGAGGCACUGGGUAGCCACAGAGUGAACUAGUGGUUGAACUAGCACCACAACUGAGGUCUCCAGACUCCAGGCUGGAGUUUCUUCUAUGCCACCAGAAAGGCAUUGAAGGCUGUGUUCAUUCAGGAUUCAUUCAACACACCCACAUGUCUAUCACCUCCCCAAGAUAAACCUAUGUCUCCAAAGUAUCUUCAAAAUAUCUGUGACAACAUGGUGGACACAUACCAAAGCUUGCCAGAGCCCAAAAGGAAGUGAGCC